AUGGCCAGCUGGUUCUCUUCAACGUCGCCGCUCGAUGAGCAGAUCGAGCGGGCGACCGCUUCCUCGCUGGAGGACAUUGCCCUCAAUCUGGAGAUCUCUGAUAUGGUCCGAUCGAAGAGCGUCCAGCCCAAAGAUGCCAUGCGGUCCUUAAAGCGUCGAUUAGAGAACCGGAAUCCCAAUAUUCAGCUAGCAACAUUGAAGUUGACCGAUACAUGUGUCAAGAACGGAGGCACCCACUUCCUGGCCGAGAUCGCAUCCCGUGAAUUUAUGGACAAUCUGGUGUCGCUAUUGAAGUCUGAAGGUGCCCCGUUGAAUCCGGAUGUUCAGCGCAAGGUCUUGGAGCUCAUUCAGAAUUGGGCCAUGGCUGCUCAAGGUCGGAUGGAUCUGAUGUACGUGGGGGAAACCUAUCGCAAGCUGCAAAACGAAGGAUUUCAGUUCCCGCCGAAGACAGUGAUGAGCGGUACUAUGUUGGAAAGCAAUGCACCACCAGAGUGGAUUGAUUCAGAUGUCUGCAUGCGAUGCCGCACCGCCUUUAGCUUCAUGAACAGGAAGCACCACUGUCGAAACUGUGGCAAUGUCUUCGACCAACAAUGUUCCAGCAAAACCCUCCCUCUUCCGCAUCUCGGCAUCCUUCAGCCUGUUAGAGUCGACGAUGGGUGUUAUACCAAACUGACCUCAAAGCCAUUUACGUCGGCCGGUCUCUCAGAUCGCUCUGCGUUCAAGAAUAGCUCUAUCACCAAGUCCGGCUCUAUAGAGCCUCGGAGUGCCAAAGCAGACACUAGCUUCGAUGAUGACCUUCGCCGGGCGUUGCAGAUGAGUCUCGAGGAAGCAGAAGGAAGAGGUCCGACCGGAUUUGUGCCACAGACCGGCAAUGUUCAUGAACAAGCGAAGCCGACCCCGGCUCCUGGUCCUGCGAAUGUCGAGGAGGAAGAUGCCGACCUCAAGGCUGCAAUUGAAGCCUCCCUCCGGGAUAUGGAAGAACACAAGCAGAAGCACGCGGCUGCAUUGAAGAGCAAUGUCCCGCCGACUGCCACUUUCCACGAUUCAUCCAGCACUCCAACUACAUUGCCGAAGAACCCGUACGAGCUCAGCGCUGUGGAGGCGGAGAACAUCCACCUCUUUUCUACUCUGGUCGAUCGACUUCAGCACCAGCCCCCAGGAACCAUCCUUAGGGAACCCCAAAUUCAGGAGCUUUAUGAGAGUAUCGGCGCGCUUCGGCCUAAAUUGGCCCGGAGCUAUGGAGAGACUAUGAGCAAGCACGAUACACUCCUUGAUCUUCAUUCUAAGCUAUCAACAGUUGUCCGUUAUUAUGAUAGAAUGCUAGAGGAGCGACUAUCCAGUGCCUAUUCUCAGCAGACACUUGGCUAUGGAGCAGUUCCAGGUGCUCCUCAGUACCCGAGUAUAUCCGGUGUGCCAUCACAAGCACUCGAUGCGAAGUCUGGCGCUGAAAACUAUUACUAUGCGAACACAUCCGACACUCCUCGUGCAUCGACAUAUGCCUCCCAGCAAAUUCAUAGCAAUGGCCAUGAUGCACCUCCUAGUGGAGUCACAAGCCCCGCCUACCAACAACAGGCACACCUUGCCUCCCCGGCCGGAGAGCCAUACAAUAAUAACUGGGGCCAGAAUCCGUAUCCCUCCUUGGGAUCACCUCCGCCGCAGAGCAAUGCCAUCCCCAAUAACCAUGUUGCUCCCGGCGCGGGUGGUGUACCUCAGUACUACGCGCCUCAGCCCGGGCAGGAUCUCUCCCAACCGCAAUUCUCCGAACCCGCAUACCACCCUCCCUCAACUGUGCGUCGGGAUUCGCAGUAUCAGGCGAAUGCACCGCCUAUUGGUCUAGUCCCUAGUGCUCCUGAACCGCACUCGCCGACGCAUGUGCAAUCGCCUACCUACUCGACUGUGCCUCCAGCUGGUCCUGCGCUUCACCAGCAGCCGACUGGGCCGCCGCCUCAAUCCUACUAUUAUCAGCCACAGCAGCCCAACACAGUACCGUCGGGGUAUCCGCCAAUGGCUGCAGGCCAACCGGACGCAUACCCGGAUGCCAGCCAAGGGCAAGUCCCCGCAUCUCACCAACCAACCCGACCGGUGGAAGAAAGCUUGAUUGAGCUGUAG